CAAAUGCAAGGACUUGAGCUGGUUCUGAGCUCCUAAAUAAACACCAUAUAGGCCCAUGCCGAUAAGGGGCGUCCCGUGUGCGUGGACGGUGGAAGAAUUCAAGAGCUGGCUGAAGCAGUUCGACGUGGACCGCGACGGCAAGAUCAGCAAGGCCGAGCUCCGCCAGGCCAUCCGCCGCCGGGGCUGCUGGUUCGCCACCGCUAGGGCCGGCCGCGCCGUCCGCCGCGCCGACAGAGACCACAACGGCUACGUCGACGACGCCGAGCUCGAGAACCUCGUCGCUUUCGCACGGGAACACCUCGGCAUGAAUAUAUCUGCCCGUUAGCUAGCUCGGUAGAGCUUUGCCUGCUCAGAUUAAUGCAUGCCCAGUAUGGUAACUUGCAUCGUGUGAUGGGUUCAACUUGAUAUGGAAACUUCUGCUGAAUAAUAUGUGUAAAUCCAGGAGAAUUUGUUAAGGUUUGUUACUACUCCCUCCAUUUCUAAAUAUAUGUCUUUUUAGAGACUUCA